AAUUCAAAUUCAAAUAUAUUUCUUGCCUUGGUAGGGAGGCUUCCGUACUCUAUACGGAUACUUUUGGAAUCCGCAAUUCGUAAUUGUGAUAAUUUCGAAGUUACUAACGAGGAUGUUGAAAAGAUCAUUGAUUGGGAAAAUACAUCACCGAAGCUAGUGGAAAUUCCUUUCAAGCCUGCUCGUGUUCUUCUGCAGGAUUUUACUGGGGUACCAGCUGUGGUUGAUCUUGCCUGCAUGAGGGAUGCUAUGAAGAAACUUGGCAGUGAUCCUAAGAAGAUCAAUCCUUUGGUUCCUGUGGAUCUUGUAAUUGAUCAUUCUGUUCAAGUUGAUGUAGCAAGGUCUGAAAACGCAAUACAGGCUAAUAUGGAGCUUGAAUUUCAUAGGAAUAAAGAGAGAUUCGCUUUCCUUAAAUGGGGAUCGUCUGCUUUUCAUAACAUGCUUGUUGUUCCUCCUGGUUCGGGAAUUGUACAUCAGGUUAACCUGGAAUACCUUGGGAGGGUUGUUUUUAAUACGGACGGCCUUCUCUACCCCGACAGUGUGGUUGGUACCGAUUCCCACACAACAAUGAUUGAUGGGUUAGGAGUUGCUGGAUGGGGAGUUGGAGGAAUAGAAGCAGAGGCAGCAAUGCUUGGUCAGCCCAUGAGCAUGGUGUUACCUGGUGUUGUUGGGUUCAAGUUGACUGGAAAACUGCGGGAUGGUGUCACAGCUACUGACUUGGUAUUAACUGUGACUCAAAUGUUGAGGAAGCAUGGUGUUGUCGGCAAGUUUGUUGAGUUUUAUGGUGAGGGUAUGGGUGAACUAUCAUUAGCUGAUAGGGCAACUAUUGCGAACAUGUCGCCUGAAUAUGGAGCAACCAUGGGUUUCUUUCCUGUGGAUCAUGUCACUUUGGAGUAUCUUAAGUUAACCGGAAGAAGUGAUGAAACAGUGGCAAUGAUAGAAGCAUACCUACGCGCAAACAGAAUGUUUGUUGAUUACAAUGAGCCUGAUGAGGAAAGAGUAUACACGUCCUACUUGCAGUUGGACCUAUCAGAUGUUGAACCCUGUGUUUCGGGACCCAAGCGUCCCCAUGAUCGAGUUCCUUUGAAAGAUAUGAAGGCGGAUUGGCAUGCAUGUCUUGAUAACAGAGUUGGAUUCAAGGUUUAG